AUGCCGAUGAAUCCCAAAUCGAAGCCUAAUCGUUUCAUUAGCGAACUUCAUCUACCUGCAGUUCCAUCGUUACAAGCUUCAAUUUCAAACCCUAUCAAAGAUGUUUCACCUGAGGUCUAUAUUUUUAAGGAAACAAAAUCCAAAGGUCGUUCCUUGGACAUGGGAGAAUUAGCUGACCAACUGUACAACAAAAAGAAUUUGAACAUCCGGAUGACCAAUAACAUGACUCAUGUAGUUGAAGAUCAUAGUCUCAAGCAUCAAAAAUCUUCUCGUCGUUUUAAUGUGUCUGAAACUGAGAUGGGCUACUAUAAAGUCUUUUGUGGUCUUGCUCACAGCUAA